CAGAAACUUUGCAGCCAAUCACAACAUGUUGACAGUAUAAAUUUUGACAGAAGUUUAUCAGGAGUCAGUGUAACAGAAGGAGCAGCAGAAAGGAGGAUCGCUUCAUUGAUAGAACCAUGGCAGCAUUUGCUGAAAUGAGUUACACUGCUGAUUUUCACUGUGAGAAGAACAACCAGCAGCACAGGACUGAUGAGAUCACCACCAAGCGACUGAUUAUCAGGCGGGGACAAACCUUCCACAUCACGUUGCGAGUGAACAUGAAUGAAUAUACCAUAGACCACAACAAUAUUUUGUUCAUUGCUGAGACAGGACCAAAACCUUCAGAAGCAUCUGGAACAAAAGUCUUAUUUCAAUUAAGAUCAAUUGAUCCAAGGUGGUGGAGUGGAGCUGUUGUUUCCAGCACUGGAACGACAUUGGUCCUGACCGUAUCCCCACCACCAAAUGCCAGGAUUGGACAAUAUACUUUAACUCUCCUGAGCCCCAUGGGACAGCAGAUCAUGAAGUAUCGACUUGGAGAGUUCAUUCUACUUUUCAAUCCAUGGUGCAGAGAGGACGAAGUCUUUCUGGAUAGUGAAGAGCAACGACAAGAAUAUGUGCUGAAUGAAGACGGAAUCAUCUAUAAUGGCAGUUGUCACCAGAUUCAAAGUCGCUCAUGGUACUUUGGACAGUUUGAAGAAAGUGUUGUGGAUAUCUGUCUUAAGAUUUUGGAUAAAAAUAUCAAAUGCCAGAAUAACCCAGCAAAGGACUAUAUACGCAGAAAUGACCCUGUUUAUAUCAGCAGAGUUGUGACAGCUAUGGUGAAUUGUGCUGACGACAAAGGGGUACUUGCUGGCAAAUGGAAUGAGCCAUAUUCUGGAGGGGUGUACCCUUGGUCAUGGAAUGGAAGUGUCCCAAUCCUUCAUCAGUGGUAUAAAGGAGGCUUUCUGCCAGUUCGCUACGGACAGUGUUGGGUGUUUGCAGCAGUGGCUUGCACAGUUUUGAGGUGCCUGGGAAUUCCUUCCCGUGUUGUCACCAACUUCAACUCUGCUCACGACACAAACUGCAACUUAACAAUUGAUGAAGAAAUUGAUGAAUGUGGAAGACUGCUUGGUGAAGAUGUAUGGAACUUCCACGUCUGGGUAGAGAGUUGGAUGGCACGAAGUGACCUGAAGCCAGGCUAUGAUGGAUGGCAGGCUCUGGACCCAACACCACAGGAGAAAAGUGAAGGAAUUUACUGCUGUGGACCUGCUCCAGUCAAAGCGAUCAAAGAAGGGGCAGUGGAGAUGAAGUAUGAUGUCCCCUUUGUUUUUGCGGAGGUCAAUGCAGAUGUGGUAACUUGGAUGUGCUGCAGGGAUGGCAGGAAAGUAAAGACAUCUGUCAAAACUCAACAUGUGGGCCAAUAUAUCAGCACCAAGAGUUGUGGCAGUAAUGAUCGUGAAGACAUCACAUACAAUUACAAGUAUCCUGAGGGCUCUCAUAAAGAACGAGCAAUAUUUGAUGAAGCUCAAUUCAGAAAUAAACUGCAACCUCCGCAAGAAGAGAAACUCCUUGCGCACGUGAAAACUCAUGAAUCAGUAAACUAUGGAUCUGAUAUUCAUGCUGUUGUGAACAUCUCCAAUAACAGUUCAGAGAGCAUGGUUUGCAAACUUCACCUCAAUGCUCAGAUACUGAAAUAUACCGGAUCAGCCGUGAAACAAAUUAUGGUACUGAGUGUGAAUGAAGUUGUAGUUAAAGGCAAUGAAGUUACAACGAUGCCUGUAGACGUGCCUUUCAGGGAAUUCGGCAAUUACCUGGAAAAUCAUCAAUUGCUCAAGCUGAUAGCUGUGGUAGCUGAUACAAGAACAAAUGAAAAUGCGUUGGCAGUGAAAGACAUUUCUGUGGUCAAACCUGCUAUCAUAGUGAAUAUUCUGGGGGUUGCCAUUCUGAAUCAAGUGCUGACUGCAGAAAUCAGUUUUCGGAAUCAAUUGACCGAACCACUCUAUGAUUGUGUCUUCACUGUAGAAGGAGUAGGACUGAUUGAUGGCAUGCAACAAAUUAGGGUUGGGGAGAUAAAGGCGAACGAUGAAAUUGCAUUUAAAGUUCAAUUCAUCCCCCAUAAAUCAGGACUGCGGAAAUUAAUGGUGGAUCUUGACUGCAACAGAAUGAAGGAUGUGAAAGGUUUCAAGAAUGUAGUUGUCCAAUGCUUUUAAGUUAAUCUGAUUAACUGAUACUAUAUAUUUACCAACAAAAGUUGCAUCAUGUUAACCUUUGUAAUUUGUUUCAAUCAAAAUUAGUCGGAAUGCUUAAAACGCUGAUGUGCACCUGUGAUUUCCAUUAUAUCAAUAAUUAGGAUGGCCAUGAUUGGUGUGAAAUUAGGCUCCACUGUGUGCAAUUUCUAGGCAAAAUGCCCAACUGCCAGAAUGUAAUUACGUUUUGCUCACUGAAAAUAGGUGUUAUGCUGUUUAAGUAUGUUGAUCAGUUCCCAACUUGACCGGCACCCAAGGCCAAUAAAGAGCAGUUCAGUAUUUAUUCCUGUUUUGUGCUUAAUGCAGAGUGAGAGAAAUAAGUGCAUUUUUCAUGUCUUCACAGUAAUGCGGUGGGCAAUGGAUGGUCCACCUUUUUCAUCUAUUUGUCAAUUAUCUCCCCCAAACAUUAUCAGCAGUUGCCUGAGACGGAUAAUUUUGCAGAGCCCCCAAUCCAUGAACAGCAUCAGGGCACACUAUUUGCAUCUGAGUUUGCCAUCAUUGUAGAGAUAGGGCUCAAUUUUCAGCAAACCUUAGGCCUCCAUAUUUAGGCAUGUAUUGUGGUCACCCUGUCCGUGUGGUGCCAGUUUUUAAUGUAGGAGUAUUUCAUUGGCUACACUAUUCAAACCUGUGUACAUCUAAAAUUUUAUUUCCAUAAUAUAUUUCCACAUUAUGAUUUUAAUUAUGAAUCCAACUGAUGUCUACCUUCCAGAUAUUUUAAUUACAGCUUUGCUUUCAUUGCACAUGAAAGAUACUGUUACUGUUAAAGGAUAGUGGAGUAAAAGGACAUUAAGAUAAGAGAGAGAUCAUCAAUUUGAAACCAUCUGGCCUCACUUGCUGGGAAUUUUCAACAUUUUGUGAUUGAUGUCAGGUAUCUAGCAUGUAUGGUAUUUUGCUUUCAGUUAUUGAUUUCCAGGGUACUGACAAUUGCAUUAAUUGUAUUCCAUUAAUGAAGAAAAUAAAGCUGA